AUGGAGACCCCUGAAUGUAAACCUGUGCAAGCCGCCGUCAUGCUCCUCAGAGACCUGGGCUCCAACUCGUGUGUUCAAAUAUUGAAAAGGAGGCGCAGCAGAGCGAGCGGCUGGUGCAACAUGUACGCGCUUGUGCUCGCCACCAGCCCCCUGCACUCCAUCGGCCUGUUCAGUUUGUCGUCCGCAGCGGUGGCAGUCACACCAGCACGCUCCAGUGGCUCCGGAGAAAGACGCCAGCGCAGUGUGAAAAAGUGCCCCAGGGACAAGGGCUUUGUGUGGGCAGCCCGUGUCCUCCCCCACUCCCGCCUCAGCUCCCAUCAGUACAUCAGACAGACAGCACAGGGCCGGACCCCAUCUCACCUCUCAAAGAGCUCCAUGACCCCACGCUGCAGCUGCAUUCACGCCUCCUGA